UCACAUUAGGUUACCAUGUUUAAUCUGCAACUUCACCCGAGGAAAAUGACAACACAACACUGCUCAAAGGUUUUAAAAACACCCCCAAGCCCUCAGCUCCUACCAGAUCAGUCUGAGGAGACAGAAGGGUUGAAACCAGAGCUCGGGUUAAAAAGGUGAUGGCGGAGGAAAAAACAUGGGCGUUGGUCUCAGAGGUGGGGGGCGAGCACGGUUACCUUGAAGAGCUAGCUGACAUAUUGAAACAACACUUCCGAAUCAUCUGCUACAGAGAGCUUCUAGAAGACCCAGUGCUUCACGGUCCCAAAAUCCAGGUCCUGUUUAUGUGGAAGUAUUGUCCUGCAGCCGAGCCUUUGUUGCUUGGCCUGCUUCCUUCCCUCAAAGUGGUUGUCAGCGGAGGAGUGGGCAUCGACCACCUGGAUGUGCCGUUCAUUAACAGUCUCGGGGCGAAGGUGGCCAACACGCCAGGUGUAGUCAGCGACUCUACUGCAGAUUUGGCCAUGGGUCUGCUUCUGGCAUCAGCUCGCAAGAUCCUUGAUGGUCAUCAAAUAGCUAUUGACCCAAAGACAAUGCACAUACCACAAAGCCUGAUGGGAGUUGAAGUCACAGGGUCAACUCUAGGGAUCAUUGGAAUGGGGGAGAUUGGUUACAAAAUUGCCCAAAGAAGCAAAGGAUUUGAAAUGAAGAUCCUGUAUCACAACAGGACCAGAAGAAAUGUGGAAGAUGAGCAGACAGUUAGAGCGAGCUACUGCGAGAGCCUGGACGACCUGCUGAGGAAGUCGGACUUUGUGGUGAUAGCUGUCAAACUGACCUUGGACACAACGGGUCUCGUUGGCCACAGAGAGCUAUCCCUCAUGAAACCCACAGCAACACUGGUCAACAUCAGCAGAGGCCAAGUUGUGGACCAGGAUGCCUUAGUUAAGGCUCUCCAGUCGGGAUCAAUUUGUGCAGCAGCAUUAGAUGUGACUCAUCCUGAACCUUUACCAAGGGACCAUCCCCUCCUCAGCCUGCCUAAUGUGCUGAUCACCCCCCACAUCGGGAUCAGUACCUACAAUACAGCAAGGAGGAUUGUGGAGAAGAUGGUAGAAAAUGCCCUGGCUGCAGUGAAAGGCUUACCUGUUCCAAAUGAAGUCAAGUUGCAGUUACACAAUCAAUGUUAAAUCUUUCUGCAGUGGGUGGUCAGAACUAUUGGCCUCAUUCUUUUACUUAAGAUAUCUUAGCAAUAACAUAAGCAGUGGCAACAGUCAAAAUGUAAGUGUAAAAGUGCAAAAAUGUAUUAUACCAUAGUGUCUUUCACAACACACUUUUAAAAAAUAAUUCUGCAGUUUAUACAGAUGUAUAUGCAUUAUUUUAAAAACAUUUGAAACAAAGUUAAAAUAACUUAGAAAAUGAUAGUUUUGGCCAUAGGGCAUUCAUUUAGACAUGGUAAUGGACACCUACUAAGUAGUUCCAGUGAAACUGUCUGUUCACCGUUCUAAAUGAAUGCGCUGCACCGGCAGAAUUAAAUCAAAUAGAAGAUGAAAAAGAUGAGAUCAAGACAUAUGCUGCUGUCACAUAAGCGUCUGCCUCACAUCCCCAAUAGCAGUUCAAACUCGCUACUUCAGGCUCCGACCGACACAUGGCACAUCAUUUGUUCGUGAAAAUCUUGAUGUUGAUUUGGGGACAAUGACAUGGCUGGAUAGCCAGCUAGUCUUGUUGUUACCCUUAUAGAAUAAAUUUGUCAUGUAUUUAGAUGAAUUAUCAUUUAACUGAAACUAUACUCUCCCCCUAACCUUACCUAAAGUGCUUUUGUUGCUUAAAUUUAACCCCUGUGUGGGACUCAUGAGCACGAGUGUGCACAAAUGAGACCCUUGAGGCCACGUUUUUGAGUGAGUGGGACGGGGACAGACAACAGUGAGGCUGCCACUCACUCUCUAUCUGUGAUUGUAUUUUAAAAAGGGCAUGCUGUCUAGAAAUGAAGGGCACCCUUUCAGCAGGCGGCCCACACAGGCCUCCCUGAAGUCCACAGCUCGGCUGACUCGGGCUGGCCUUUUCCCUCAAGGCUGCUCCUAUAAACUGUGAAGGUGAGAGCUACAUUAGUCUAUUACAGAUGUGACCUCACUGAAAACUAGAAAUGUCCUUGAGAUCUUAUGAUCGUUUCAUUUUCUUGGCAGUCUUUUCCUUUUACAUAUUAAAUCACUAAAAAGGCUUUGCUCAUAUAUAGGCAUAUCAUUUGCAUCUGAACAUGGUGGACGGUGUUCUAUUUGUAUUCCAUAGCCCCAUUCCAAUGGCAUUAACAUUAUAGGGGGGAAGUGGAGAAUGAAAUAUUCUCUAUGCCCCUCUGUAAUUUAACUCAUUGCUCCGGACGGCAUUUUAACCACUGUGAAAUAUGGUCUGUAAUAGACAUGGACAUCCUGCCAGCAUGUACCUGUAGCGGACAAUACAACAGCACAUUGGAUGAGCAUUUACCAGGUCUUGCUCUCCUGAUGGCUUUAAUUUCCCCCUGUUCUCAAAUAGGCCUGAAUGUUGGUGUCAGCAUAUUUCCGUCAGAUUGGCAAAAACAUUUAUUAAUAUUAAAAUCACCCCACUAUCACCUAGAGAAAUAAAUCCAGUCCAAAUGUGGCUUGUUUCUGCAAUUUAUUCUUCCGUUUGGAAUGUCCA